AUGGCAUCGCCCAUCACGCCGCCUGCCGACACAACCGAGUCCCAAGUCUUCCCGGCCGAGAUUCUCGGAAUGAUCUUCAACGUCUCGACCUUCCCGACACAAAUCGCGUUCCGCGACAUCAAUAAGGCCUGGUGCCAGUUCGUCGGCAAGCGGUUUUUCAAGCAUGCGGUCGCUUGGACUGCCGACCGGCUCAACUCUGGCAUCACUUUCAGGGGAUAUGGACGGAAGUCUCCGUUGGCCGUAGGUGGUGCGUGGCCGCACGGAUAUUCGCCGUUUCUCCUCGACAACAUCGAAGUCUUGGAUAUCGGCUGCGACUAUCCGAAACUUGCUGAGCAGGUCAAUUUGCUCAUCCGCCGCUGCCCUAACCUGCGUACCAUUCGUCGAAUUGGCUGGCAGGCGGUAUGCAUAGACACAACGCUGUCGCUGGACCAGCGCCUGGAGCGCCAGCCCUACAACGUCGUCGACUACUACUACCGAGAGCCCUGCAAGGACUCCAUCGUGGUGCGUUUUGCCACGGACCAACCCCGCCACACCAUUCAUUUCAAUUAUGAUAACGACGCACACAGGCAUGGCCUGCGCUUCGACUUCAUCACGGGGAUGAAUCAAAAGUGCACUCUUCGUGAAAUUGUCAUCGUCCUUUGGAGGAACGCACCGGUGGGCCCAGAAGACGAUGAUGAGCAAGACACGCACCCUGAUGAAGAAGACGAAGAGACACACCCUACUCAAGGACACCACUGGUGCUAUGCCUAUACACACGAGUAUGAGCUGUUUAUUGCUGGUAAUUUCACCCACGCUCUCGAAAGCUUCUUGCUCGGUGGUGGUCGCCUGACGUUCGUCGGGUUGGAGCGGUUUCGCAAGGGCAGCGAACUCGUGAACAUGGAAGGUCUUCUUAGGCGCCUUAGGCCACCCCACGGUGAAUUCCAUGAUCUGAGCGCAUUGGUUCGCCAGAUUGAUUGCGUCACCUUGGAGGCGUGGUGGACAGAGCUCGGCCCACGAAAGGAAGAGGAGGGCCUCUGGAACCCGCCUGAACGCCCUGAUAUUGAUUACUGCUGUGCCUGCGGAUUUGUCACGGACGGGGACGAUGAGGACGGAUCGUCGGCCUCGAGCACCUCUUCCUCCCAUUCUAGCCACGAAGACGACGAUAGCACCCAUUCAGAUGGGUCCGACGACGAUGAUUCAGAUUACGUCUACGAGUCUCCUGAUGAGGACGAAACCGACACCGAUUCCUCGGGGGACGCCGGCUCGGACCACACCGACCAGCUGGACGGAUCGCAUUACGCCGACGAGUCCAGCACCGACGAGUCGACGGCGGUCGGGUCUGCCGAAGACGAAGGGAACACCACUGGCGAUACUGAGUGGAUAUAA